AUGGUAUUUAGUAGAGGGUUAGAUAGUAAAGAGCGAAUUAUAAGACGGCAGAUUGGUUCUUGGUUAGUGGAGGAGGUAGUAUUAGUAUCAAGUCCUGUUUGGAAGUACGUGCGGAAAUCGGAUAAAAUAUUGCCUUUUACGGCUGGGAAUAGUCUUUUGCUGGAUGAAGAGUCUUGGUAUAGUAUAACUCCGCAAGAUUUGGCCGAUCGGAUUUCAAUGGGGAUUAGUGAUUUGUUGGGAGAUAAGUUGGUUGUUUUGGAUUUGUUUGCGGGUGUAGGAGGGAAUAGUAUAUCUCUGCUUAAGUUUGGGUUUGAGGUUGAGGCAGUUGAGUAUGAUUAUCAGAAGGUUAAGUAUUUACGUCAUAAUAUUAGUGAAGUAUGUGGAAUGGAUGUUAAGGCUAAAUUAUGGCAUGAUGAUGUAUUUGGUAGGGAGUUAGUAGGGAAGUUAAGGAGUAAGUACGAUGUAGUGGUUGCUUCUCCUCCUUGGGGUGGAGUGGAUUAUAAGGACAUGUCUGAUUUAGAGAUGAUUAAUGCUUGUCGAUUGUUUGAGUUAGAAGAGAUUUAUGAGAGUAAGGCUGAUUUAAGAGUAUAUAUCAUUCCCCGGCAGAUUAGAGUAGAAGUAUUACAGGGAUUGUUUGAGUGUCAAGUUUGGCCGGGGUACUCAUUUGGCCGAGUAGUUGCUCAUAUUUUAGUGACUGGUGAUAAGUAUGACCAGUUUGUACUACUCUCUAAUGACAUAUCAUAA